AUGAUGGUUCGAUUUCCGUCAUCUGCAAUUUCCUCUCCGCCGCGCCGUACGGCAUCAGUUCGCCGUAAUAUCUUAACGGGGGAGAAAAGGUUUUGUUUUGAUAUGGGUGGUGACGAGAACAUGAACGAGGAGCAAGAGUUGAGUGAUUCUCUGGAUAAGGAGAAGAAAUUGGAAGAUGGGUUGAAGUUGAAUAUGGUCACUGAGGAAGUGAGAAAUGGAGUGCUUGCUGAGAAUGGUUGCCUCUCUCUUGAGGAUGGGAGUCCCAAGAGAAGCACUGAGACUGUUGGAACAUGUAUCCUUGUCUGA